GGCUGACCUCUUCGCUGAUGGUCACGAUCAUGGAAAAUUCGGCUAUCCUUUUGCUAUAGUGACACUCCGACACGUGCUCAAUAGUUCUAGGUGGUAGCGAGACGAACACAGCCUGCACCGACGAACAGACAAACGAACAGACGCGAGUCAGACCACUUCACCCACGAACGACCGAGCGACCGAAGGACGCACAGUUGUCACGUACAGCACACUGCCGCACUCAUCUCACCAUGCGUCUUGCCUACUACGCUGGCGCCAGCACACUCGCUGCUGGCGCCUGCCUGCUCAAGGCCUUCUCGCAGCGACCCAACUUCUACUCGGCCACCGUCUACCUCUCGCAGUCCAACGCCUGCCUGCUGAUCCUCACCAACUUGCUGCUCCUCUGCAGCAUGACCUUGCUGUAUCUCCUUCAGCGCCUCCUCUAUGGACCUUUGCGACCCAUCGAAAUCGAGCAACUCAGCGAGAAGGCCUGGUAUGCCGUCCUCGACACCCUGCUCGCCAUGCCGAGCUUCCGGGAAGACGUGGGCGCCAAACUGUUGGGCAUGUUUGUGCUACUGCUAGCUGGAAAGGUGUGGGGCUGGAUUGGAGAGGGCAGAGUGGAUGUGCUGGAGCAGGGACAGAUGACGGGCAACGGAGCCAACCAGAAGCUCUUUCACGCAAGGUUGGCGACGAGUCUGCUUGUGUCUGUGGCAUUUGCCGUGAGCAUGUUCGUGUACUGCGUGGACAUUGUCAUUGAGAAUCCCCGGCCGGGCAUGAUGGUGAUCUUCACCUUCGAGUUUGCCAUCUUGUGCGUCUUUAGCACUUUCACGCUCAUAAGAUAUGGACUGGCAGUGUGGGACAUUCGAGUCGUGAAGCAGCAGACUGCUGCAGCGAUUGAGCAGAGAAAAGAUGAAAUCCAGGCGGAGCGGGAGGCUGCGAUUUCCCUCGCACGACAAGAGGAAAGAGAGGUGCCGACUUUUGACGAGCCAAUUGAGGUGGCCGAGGAGGAGGUCGAUGUGCCUGGUUGGGAAGACAAGAGAAGGGCAUUGUUUGUGGUCGAAGUUGUGACGGACUUCAUCAAGUUGCUGAUAUACAUCUUCUUCUUCACCGUCAGCGUUACGUUCAACGGGCUGCCGAUGCACAUUAUGAGGGAUGUGUACAUGACUUUUGCCAGCUUCAGCAAAAGGGUCAGCGACUACAUGGCGUACAGGAAAGCGACGAGCGACAUGAACACGAGAUACCCGGACGCUACGACCGAAGAAAUCAGAGGCGAUUCAUGUAUCGUCUGCAGAGAAGAGAUGCUUGCUUGGGCGGAUGGUGAACCACAAGCCGCUGCACAACCAGCGGCUGAUGGACAACCCGCUCCGGCGCCAGCCCCUGCUCUUCCAGCUUCAAGGAGACGAGACGAGGGACUGCGGGCCAAGAAACUUCCAUGUGGACAUAUCCUGCAUCUGCGCUGUUUGAAGGCCUGGCUAGAGAGGCAGCAGGUGUGUCCAACAUGUCGGAGACCGGUAGUCACAGAGACGGCAGCAAAUGGAUCGGCUGCAGCUGGAGGCAACGCCGCUGCUCCUGGUCAAAACGGCCCACCUGGGCAAGCGCAACCACCUCGGCCGCGAGGUCGGGUUUUUGGAUUUGGUCCAUUCCGGAUCGGAUUGGUAAACGCUCCCAGAGGUCAGCUGCAGAAUGUGCUCAACCAGAUCAGAAACGGUGAUGCACGGGGUGCUCAGCAAGCAAUCGAUGCAGUAGGCAACGCGGCGGCCGGAGGUGCUGCUCAGCAACCGAACGCCGCAGGCUCAACACGUAUACGCGGCACCAUACGAUCGAGUGUACCGACUGAAUCGUACCUCCUUCAGCUCGAGCGGAGAAUCAUGCACGACGCUCAUAAUCUGGGAAUCGACCACCAACAACUGGCCACUUUGAGGAUGAUGGAGGCUGAAUUCACAAGACUGCAAGCCCAGCGUUUGCGACAACAAGUUGUUACCAACCAGAGAUAUCCCAUGCCUGGUUUUGCGCCUCAGCAUCAGCAACCGCCUUCCCUGUCGCAGGCUCACCAGCAGCUACAUGGGGAUCGCAAUCAACAGAUGGGCAGUGGACAUGAGCAUCUGCCGCCAGGAAUGGUUCUGCCGGAAGGAUGGACAGUCAUGCCAUUAGAGCCUGUGGGGGGACAAGUUCAACAUGGAGUGAGAUUGCCGGGUCCGGCACCGGAUUCAAUUGUACAAGUGAGCCCUGAAGGUCAGGAGCCUGUAGCGGGUGGAGUUGGUACCAGCGUGACAGAUGCCGCAGCGUCCAAUGCCACAAGUGUCUCGCAGAGGCCCAGCGAAGAUUCGAGGGGGCCGACGGACGACAAUGGAUCGCCCCUCUUUAUACCGACGGCCACACAGCCAAGCUCCGAGCGGACCGCUUUCCCAGAGGGACUCCUCGAGGCUGGACCCAGCAUGAACCAUUCCGAACAGCUGGGAAGCUCAGCUUCUCAGCAGACCAUUGCUGCGGCGCUGCGUGAUGCAGAGGCGCGAGGCGAGGCUGCUGGGCAAAGGUUGGCGGAAGCUUUGGGUGGCUCAGACGAGGCAGAUUUGAGCACGCAGACGAGGGAAGCGACAGCGUGCCCAGAUGUUGCAACGCAAUCGCAGACCAAAUCGCCAUGGACUCAGGCUGGCUGGGGAUUCGAGUCAAAUGCACAGAAUACCUCGCAGCCUACGGAAGAGACGGACUCUCUGGCUAAUGGUCGCUCUAUCGUUCCCGAAGGUCGUCCUUCCGAGACCUCACAAGCUGGCAGCUCGAGUGGUAAAGGAAAGGGCAAAGCUGUCGAGGUGGAAGAUGUAGCGGACCCAGACGCUUGAUUGUGGAAAUCAAGCAUGUAUAGUUACUUGGAACUCACUACUGUAUAGAAGCAUUGGAGCGCACAGGCGUUACGGCAUGGGAGGAAUGAAGAGAUACCAGCAAGCAUG